AUGCAAAUCGCCUCCCUUCUCCUCGGCAUCGCAGCCCUCUUCGCUACCGCCGCGUUGGCUGAUAAAACAUGUACCCCGAGUUUCGAUUACUGCGCUAGUGAACUGCUGGAGAAGAAGGGCUUCUCGGAGGAUGAUCUGCACACGGCAUUGAAGGGCAGUGAAUAUGAGAAGGAGGAUCUCAAGAAUAUUCUCUUCCAUUGUAUGAAUCCCGGGUAUGUGGGACAUGCGAAGCUUUGUGCCAGUGGCUGUGAGGCGUCAUCGCAGGAGGGAAGUAAGAAGUGUUAA